UCGCUAGUGGGGGCAUUAUGAAUUAGCCAACCAAGCUAACGGGUCGGGAAGUGAGUUAUCGGCGGUGCAAACGCUCUUCAAACUUUUUAUCCGCAUGCUACACGUUUACGCGAGUGCCACCUGUGAAAGGCCCGCACAGCCUACGAUGCGCAUUAGAAGUCGUACAUGAGGACGCGCUCGAGCCAGGUACACCAAAUCCACUGAUCACCUAGCAACUGCUGCCACCAAGACGUUGCCCACUGGCCCCGCCCUCCAGAGAUGGCUGAUCCUCAGAAGGCCAAUGAGCUCCCAGAAUGCCCCAUAGAGGGCGGGGCCACAGCAGAGGAGCAAGACAUGUCCCUGAGACCCGAGACCACACCCACCAGCUCCCCUACAUGUGAAGAGCCAGGCAGCGGGCAGAGUCCUACUAGAGCGCCACCCCCUGGCCUGCUGUCCAUGCCCUGCUUACUGAAAGAGCUGCGCAGAGACUCCUCCCCCGAACAGCCACUCGAAGCGGUUCCUGCCUCCGCCACGGCUCAGCUCCGCCCACAAGAGGACAGCGACUCCUCCAUCUGCCUGCGCUCUCCCUCCUCUUCCGGCCACCUGGGUGACUCGGACACGCUCUCCUCGGCAGAGGAGGCAGCCGAGCCCGCCCCGGCGGCGGCCGGGCGGAAGUCGUCGCGGCGCUCGCGCUCCGAGAGCGACGCCUCGGGCGUGGCCAUGGCGGCGAAGAAGAACCGCUGCCAGGAGAGGCAGGUGAACGGGCGGGGCCGGGGGCGGGGCCCGCGCAGCCAGCGGCAGAAGGAGCGCAUGCGCAUGCUGCGGCAGAAGCGGGAGGCGGCAGCCCGGCGGAAGCCCGACCUGCUCCAGGACAGCAGCACCAGCGACAGCGACAUUACCGCGCACUCUUCCUCCUCGUCCUCCUCGUCUUCGGCCUCGUCCGACAACGAGGGUGGCGCGGUCAACUCGCACCCCACAGAAGGCCCUGCAGUGAUUGGCCAGUAUGACGUCUCAGACACGCACUCUGAACAGGAACAGCAGCAGCCUCGCACGCUCGCAGGUCCAGUAGAGGCGGAGCCUCCGCGGGUAGGUCCGGCAUCCUCUGACAGCGAGGUGGAGAUUGUGGGCGUGCAGGAGAACGCCAGUGCUGUGUCUAGGUUUCCAAGAGGUGGAGUCAUCCAGUCUCUUUCUUCAUGGAAGCAGCGAGCCCCGCCUCCUUGGUCAGCGGUCAACACCCAGACUGGCUGGGCCCCACCCCCUGAAGUGGUGGAUCUGACACUGGAUGAAGACAGACACAGAUAUCUGCUGUGAUCUUACAUGCACACACAACCAUGCACCACACACACUGUGCACGCAUACAUAUACCGUGGACCUGAGUGUCUUAAAACAUUUUAAAAUGAGUCCCUUUCUUGAUUUGGUUACAUGAGUAAAACUACUGAAAAGGUCCUUGGAUAACUCUUCAGUAGUUUGUUAAACGAUUCUGAAAAGUCUCCCAACCACCCCCACCCCCCCCAUCCCCACGAAACCGUGGUCGUAACAUGUUAAUUGAACACACGCGAAAGGUUGUUAAAAAUGAGGCUUGCGCUGAUGCUUUACCUCCGUGUAGCCAAGUGUUUGGAACACCAGGCAGGGGUCCACACCCCCGACUACACGCGUGGACGUCCGCGCGAGGGCAUGACUUGGACAAGUAGCGUUACGGCAGAAGAGUCAGUCCUCCCAUUUCUGGAAGUAGAGGUUACUUUAGAAGUCGUUUCCUUCAAUUAGUUCAGAGAUACAUGAAAAAAGCAGGAUUUCCCGCCUUGUUCUGUAUCAUAUGGUGAGCUUAUCCAAUCAGAUUUGCUGUACUCAGUUCCACCAGAUUUCAUAGCUGAACCCCUGACUGAUGGAUUUGUCAAGACUACUGUUAGAGCGACACCUAGUGGCCAUUAAUGGUGGUAAUGCAGGGACACAGACUCACUGCAUGUCAUUUUACUGGCUGCAAUGAAAUCUUUUUUUUCUUUUUUAGUUCUGAGGAGAGACGAGCAGGUUAAAUCUCCAGUGCUUUGAGUAGCUUGGCCAACACACCUAGAAACAUCUCACACACACACACACACACACACACACACACAGCUGCCACUAGUCUCAGGUGUCGCCUACUCGUUCGGACGUGCUAGUGUAGGAACUUGCUGUAAAGCUGCUUCGGGACCCGCUGGUGCAAUAACACGGGUUUUACUCUAACCAUAGCAAUACCCUGACUGCUUCUGCGUGUGCAUAAGUGUGUGUGCAUGUGCAACAUGGAGAGAGAGAAAUAUGGGUGUGUGAGAGUGAUGCAGAGGUCAGUGUGUGUUUUUUAUGUCUGAAAUGUGUAAUGCUGCUGUAGGAGCAGAGCUGCUGUGUUUGUGUGUGUGUGUGUGUGUGUGUGUGUGUGUGUGUGUGUGUGUGUUCGCUGUCACCUUCUGCCUUCAGACACACUCACGCUAAGGUCUAUUUUGUGUGGUCACAGAAAUGGGCCUUCAUGCCAGUGGAACUUAUCCCAAAAAAAGGGAAAAGAAGAAAAAGAAUCGCAUCAAUGUGUGAACAUUUUAAUACCGAUAAUGACAAUAUAAGUAGUGAUUUGUAGUUAUUUAAGUAACUGAUGCUACUGUAAAUCAACUGUUUCAUAUAGACCUGCAGAUGUUUCUAUAUUGUUUGCUUUGGCUACAUCUUUGCUGUCUCAUAAUGCAGCGUUAGCUGUGACUAUUAAUAUUUAAAGUGUGUUUUUCCUUAUGUUGAAUAUGGAUCAUUUAUUUAAAGGGAAGAGACAGGCCUAUUAGUUUUUGAUGUGGUUACUGACAGAUUUAUGUAGGACUUUUUGGUUUUGUUUUGGGUUGGUUUUUUUUGUUUGUUUUUUUUUUGUUUUGUUUUUUGGUUACCAAGUUUCGUUGGCAUAAUUAAGUAUAUUUUUUGUUUCUCUUCAAGAUCACAUAUUGUCUGACUGUAUUGGGAAAGGGAGGUUUUCCACUGAAACGUACACCUGAACUCUCACGUCCCCGUUGAUGGCAUGGGUUCUUGCAGGGUUACAUGCGGUCAUGGCGGUUUCCACAUAGUAGCAUGUUUGGUGUAGGGGACACUUGAAGGGGGGUCGGAGGUGAUUAAUAGCAUUGACACCUGUGCACUUCAGAGGGCCUGUCUGCAACACAAAACACGUGCCAUCGGCGGUGUGAAAUUGGCUAAUGUUUGCACCAUGGCAUGUUGGGGGUGGCUGAGGCAGGAGGCAGGGUGUAGUGUUGUCAAGGCUGUUAUAGAUGAGUUAGAAUACUGAACCGUCUACUGAGCGAAACUAUAUUCUGUGGAGCCAAGUUCAGGAGUCUGGCAGGACCGGAGUACAAAGCCCAGCAGAUGAGCGUGACGUCAGCCGUUAGGCAGAACUUCCACGUGCUGGCGUAGUCCCCUGAUGGGGACCAGCUUCAACUGUACCAUUAAUCUGCAAGAUAUGGAGCAUAACUGCUGUAAUGUUUUACCAUUUUAACUCUCGAUCAUGCCUGGGCCCACCCAUCUCUGCCUGGUAUGACCUAUCCCCAUUAAUGGAGACAUUUGAGGCUACCCACUGUGUUCAGUUGGCUGGCGACAGAGGGGAACUGACCAAUAAUCAUUGGAAGUGGAUGAACAUGGGGUCAGCCGUCUAUGAACAGGUCUUGUUUUGCACCAUCCCUUUCUUCAUAUACUCCCCUUUAGAGAUGUUCUUAAGGUGGCCAGGAGAGCACAAAGGGGCUGCUUCUGCCUGACCAGUGUGUUAAAGAAUCAGCUCUAAUGGAGAGGCACAAGUUUCCUCCAAAUGUCACAAAAGGGCAAAGUCAUCAUGCUUGCAGUGUGAGUGUCAGGCAUCCGUUUACUGGGCAUAGAUAUCACGGGAACACAGAACUGAGUGUUAAGCUAGAAAGAGUCUUGUUAAUUAAACUAUUAACUAAUGAAUUUCUUAACCCCCAGGGUUAGCUGGUGAUGGAAAACGAGGACAAAAUAAAAAAAACGUUUGAAGGCAGUUAAAAUUAGCAAUGUCAAGGGCUUUAAAUUAUGUUACUUUAGAAUUCGAACAGUUUGGAUAGGGGUGAAUGGAUUGUUUACAUCUGCACUUCAGUUCUGAGGCUAAAUGAACAAAUUGGUCAUAUCUAAGCUCACGACCAGGUUUGGAAUCGAGUAAUUUAUUAAUGUAAAAAUGAGAGCAGCAUCUCAGACCUUUACGAGGAAUUCGACAGCUUCCGUUAUGCCGUCAAGAGACUUCACAUGCACACGCCGCACAAAGUCCGGAAGGUCCUCUGAUAUACACGUCAUCUACAUUAAGAUUUUUUUUUUUUUUAUUGUUACUGAUGUUAACAUCAUUUCUAGGAACAGAUCCAUGCAAAAAUAGUCUAGUCAUAUAAAUUGCCCAACAGCAAUAAGGAUGCAUGGAUUUCACCAUUUUAUGCACCAUCCAAAUAAGAAAAUAGCCCCACUCCCAUUUAUUUAUUUAUUUUUUGGACAGUAUUUUAAAUUAUGAAGAUGUUAUUCUUUUUUUUCUUUUUUUUUUUGCUUCUGCAAGUCCUCUACUUCCUUUAAAUGAUGAGUAUGUAGAAUAAAAUAAGACUAUUUUAAGAUAAAUAAAUAAACCUAUUUAAAGAGGA